AUGGAUGAUUUCAGUGAAAAUGAUAUCGUGCAUUAUGGCGAUGUUGAAUCCGGUUCGGCGCUUUUACGACACCAAUACGACUCAGUGGCUGUGGAGAAGGCAAAUCCUUCUCCUCAACUACCACUUUGUAAUCGACGUAAACGCCGACGUAUAGAGGAGCAGUCGAAUAACAAAAAUUCUUUAGUUCCAUCAGUUAAUACUUCUCAUUUAACGUGGAAACCGAAAACUUAUCACCGUCGCUGGGAUGAGAUAUGGAAUUACUGUACUGAUAACAAAUGUCCAUAUGUUCCUGCAUCUGCUAUGCAGUUAAUACGACAUCUGGAACAAGGUCAUCAAGAAUUUGUUAAUAUUAAUCCGCUUGUUGUGCUGAUAGAAACACGUCCAAAAAGCACUGAAAAUAAUGGCAGUAUGAUAAAUCUUGCAAUGGAUUAUGGUGAUUACCUGAUGAGUCGUUUUUAUGUCCCCCUUGCAGUGAAUAUGUCCAACUCGUCUUUAAGUAUGCCAAAAUACUCUUGUUCUGUAUGUGGUUGGAUUAGCAAGAGUCAGAGGGCAUUAAGUAAUCACCUUAAACGCACUCAUGCACAAUUGACUGUUGAGCGUAUAGAGAAUCCCAAAGUUAUGAUAUGCUCUGUUUGCGGUUCGCCUAUAGGAUCUGCUAACUUAUUUCAGACUUCUUCACGUAGUCUAGACUCGGAUAUUUUUUUACACGCUUCGUGUAAACCAAAUAAUUCAUUUCACGAGAGCGCUCCUUGGUCUGGAUAUGAUGCUCAUGCUUUAGCGUGUCUUACGCUGAAUCCCUCGUUAUAUGCCAGAUUCAGUUUGCCUUUUAAAUUUGUCCGUUUCCUGUAUAAUUUAAUACAAGCUAUGAUUGUGACUCGAGUAAAUGCAUUCGGACGUUGGAGCCUCCAGUGUUAUACUGUAAAGUAUUGUGCAAGCAUAUCAGCUAUUUACGGUGAACUCAUCGAGCCAAAGAAAGUUAAACCUUUUAACCAUUCUAAAAUGAGCAGGAUCCUAGAGGAUAAUGGCAAUAUGCAGUCAAUAUUCCCUGUGAUUUCAUUACCUAUAAUUCCAACUCCAUGUACUGCGAAUCCGAAUCAAAGUAACCAAAUUACUUCAGGGAGUGUUAUUCAUUUCCCAACUGUCUUCGAGUCACCAUCUGUAACAACACAAACAAGUUUUUCUUUGCCGGGUAGUGUUAAUCCUACAAAUUUGUGUGUAUUACCGACUCCAUGUGUUGGUCAUGUGCCAAAUUUUGUGUCAAAGUCAGUUACAUGUUCUAUAGCGCCACCGACCACCUCAGUCGGUCAGUCUACUUCAAAUACAGGACAGAUACGCCCUCAAACUUCUCAACCAAUGUUCCCGAUUUGUGUCACAGUUGCUGAACAGCCUGGUGUAUCACUGAAUAGAAAAACACAGAUUCCAGUUGCACCAUGUUCUGCUGCGUCAUCGAAUAAGGCAACUGUUGUGUCGUCCGUUGCUAGUCAUUCGAGCAUUCCUAUUCAGUCGAAUUCUACAGUGUCUGUUUCUACUAAUUUGACUUCACAGAAGUCAUCUCAACAGUCGUUUCCUGUUAGUUCAAGUGUAAAUACCAUACUUGUUCAACUGGGACCAAGUGAUCUAAUCAAGCGAAGUAUGGGAAAACCACCAUUUGGUGUACUCCCUGCACAAGUCCCAUGUGAAUUAUGCCAUCAGCUAAUUCCGACGAACAUCGAUGAUCAAUAUCGCCAUAUUGUAUGUUCUCAUAAUUUUCUUGGUUGUGAUUUGUGUCCGACAUUCUGUAUGACACGCGAAGACUUAAUUAGACAUGCGAAGGUAGCUCAUGGAAUUGAAGUCGUUAAUACUCCAAUAUCUGUAAUGAAGUCACAACGUCUGUUCCACCCAAUGCCUCUUGGAAUAAUAUACCAACAACGCUUGUAA